AUGAAUCGGAUGCGAACACGAGGAAAGGAACAGGAUCCAGCGUUGAGCCCUUCAUCACCUCUUCCCUCAGCAUCUUCAAGUAUCCCAAAUCUUUCACCGUUAACAUCACCGUGUCGAGACAGUCUUCCAUGCAAAUUAAUAUAUGUUCACCUUCCGUUCGACCAACACUCUCGCUUGGAAGUAAGAGCAGGGCAAACAGCUCGUGAUGCGAUUUCCAAACUUCUCAAGAAAAGAAACAUAACUCCCCAACUGUGUCAUGUGAACGUUUCCGAGGAUCCAAGGAGCCUGCAGAUCGACCUCAACGAGGAUCUGGAAUCAAUCGCUGCUCGUUUGGAAAAGAAUGAGCUCUGGGUGCACAGCGAGUAUCUCGAUACAGUUAGUUCAAUCAAACACACUAUCGUACGUAGGACUUUCAUUCCUCCUGUCAACUGCGAUGUUUGCAAGAACCCAAUUUGGCUCGUUGGUUACCGAUGCGAGUUUUGUCAAUUCAAAUUCCACCAAAGGUGUUCGUCGUUUGCGCCACUUUACUGUGAUUUAAUUCAAACUGUGCCGCGAGAUGAAGCUCUUGCACAACGCCUCCUCGACCUGGUGUCAAGAAUGGAAGGACAAGAUGCAGAGGCUGCCGGGAGAGUAGUGACCCAGCUACAACCAAAUCCUAGUCCAGCUCAUACCCCUGAGGGAAGUCAUGGUGACUUAACCCUCAAAAGGGGUGGUGGUGUGAAACGACAUCAACCUCCUGCAGCUAGCACCACCAAAGAGGGUGCUGGUCCUCUGGCUCCAUAUCCUCGUGAUAGGUCUUCUUCGGCUCCAAACAUCAACGCAAUCAAUGACGAAGUUGUUUUGGAACACAACCAGCGCAUUUUGGACGCCUUAGAAACGCAGCAUCACGCAGACGGUGAUAAUUCUUCGAGAUCAUUGAGAGGUGGCAAGCCUAGGCCACAAUUCCAGAGCGGCCAACUAACAGGGGUCAAUGUCACCGGAAGUGGAAUAGGUGCUCGAAAAGCGUCCAAUCGCCUACAUCCACGUUCAGACACUUCUCCAUUCGGCUCCAACUCUCCAUCAAGCACUUGCUCAUCUCCUCCUGCAAAUCAACUACACGCUGGUCAACUUCUACCACCUACUCUUCCGCUAACUCCUCCUCAGAGCGCUCCUCCACAAAAGUUUUCACCUGGAUUCUUUCGAGGAAGGAGCCGUUCUCCUGGAGAACGUCUGGAGCCGCACAGGACACGCGCGCUGGCAAAUAAAUUUGCUCAUGAGGAUUGGGAGAUUGACGAAAAGCAAAUUACUCUCCAGUGUAAGGUGGGAUCAGGUUCUUUUGGUACCGUCUACCGUGGUGAGUACUUUGGGCUUGUUGCGGUGAAGAAACUAAACGUUGGCGAGCCCACUCUUCAACAACUUCAGGCUUUCAAGAAUGAGGUAGCAGUGUUGAAAAAGACACGUCAUCUAAACGUGCUUCUUUUUAUGGGAUGGGUUCGUGAACCUUCGCUUGCCAUUGUAACUCAAUGGUGUGAAGGCAGUAGCUUGUACAAGCAUAUUCAUGUUGUAGAACCACGCGUGGAAUUCGAGAUGAGCACAAUUCUCGACAUUUUUAAACAAAUAACAUUGGGGAUGAAUUAUCUCCAUUCGAAAAAUAUCAUACACAGAGAUUUGAAAACCAACAACAUUUUCCUUAUGGACGAUAUGAGCACUGUCAAGAUCGGUGACUUUGGAUUAGCCACAGUAAAAACACGAUGGAGUGGAGGACAACAAAGUCAGCAACCAACUGGUAGUAUUCUGUGGAUGGCACCGGAAGUCAUUCGCAUGCAAGAUCCAAACCCUUACACUACACUUUCCGACGUGUAUUCGUUUGGAGUGGUUAUGUAUGAGGUUCUUUCCAGCUCCUUACCCUAUUCGAAUAUAAACAACAGAGAUCAGAUUCUGUUUAUGGUCGGUCGAGGUUAUUUAAAACCAGAUGUGACGAAAAUUAGAUCGGAUACUCCGAAAACAUUGAUGACGCUUUACGAACGGUGUAUUAAAUUCAACAGAGAUGAGAGACCCGAAUUCAAUGAGGUCCUCGAUAAGCUUCGAGGGAUUUCCCUUCCUAAAUUAACGCGGUCGACUUCCGCUCCAAGCCUAUACGGAGGUAUCGUGGGAUCAGUUGAACCUGAUGUCUUGCAGGUGUUGGAGAACGCUACAUACCAGCUUCUGGGUUUUUGCCAGUGUCUUUGA